CGAGGUUGGCCGUGAGGAAAGCAGAUGUAGAUACAACCAGAGUUUGGAAGAGACCACUGUUAAAAUGUCAGCACUAAGCAAUGAUUGUUCGCAUUUGGAGUCUGUUGGUGAAAUAACCAAGGAAGACUUAAUACACAAGUCACAUGGCACUUGCCAGGACUGUAAAGUGAAAGGACCAAAUCUUUGGGCAUGCUUAGAGAAUAGAUGCUCAUAUGUUGGUUGUGGAGAAUCUCAUAUAGAUCACAGUACCAUACAUUCGGAGGAAACAAAUCACUGUCUAACGGUUAACCUUACCACAUUACGUGUCUGGUGUUAUGCAUGUAGCAAAGAAGUGUUUCUUGAUAGAAAACUGAAGUCUCAUUCUUCACUGCAAAAUGUUCGACUGUCUCACAUCAUACAGGAUAUUAGGUUACCUAGUAUCCCUACACUGAAAAUUCCUCUAAUUGCAACAUUUGAUGACCUUGAUGUACAAGUAGAUGAAGAAGAUGAAUUCAAGGCAAGAGGUCUGACAGGCUUGAAAAAUAUUGGAAACACUUGUUACAUGAAUGCAGCUUUACAAGCUCUUUCAAAUUGCCCACCAUUAACCCAGUUUUUCCUUGACUGUGGGAGUUUAGCUCGUACUGAUAAGAAACCAGCCAUCUGCAGAAGUUAUUACAAACUGAUGGCAGAACUCUGGCACAAAAGCAGACCUGGAGCAGUUGUCCCCACAAAUUUGUUUCAAGGAAUUAAAACAGUUAAUCCAACAUUUCGAGGCUAUUCUCAACAGGAUGCACAGGAAUUUUUGCGUUGUUUGAUGGAUUUACUACAUGAAGAGUUAAAAGAGCCUGUUAUUGCAAUAGAGGAUAGUAUCCCAGCAAAUGAAGAGAGCAUGGAAGAAGAGAAGAGUCAAUCGGAUGUAGACUUUCAAUCAUGCAGUAAUACUGAUAAGGUAGAAAAUGAGGCUUGGUCAAAAUCUGUGGCAGAAGACCAAGCAGAGGACACAAUGUUAAUUCAGGAUGAUGAAAAUGCAUCCAAAGACAAUCAGAAAGAGAAAUCCUUGUGUACCAAGAUGAACAAAGCAAGUUCUGUGGAAGACAUAGAAAAAGACAUAUACAAUUUCUUUGAAACGGCUGAAUUUUUGAACAAUCAGGAAACAGUGAAGGUGCAAAUACACAGCAGAUACUCAGACUAUAUCAAUGAUGUCCAUAUGAAUGAUGUGUCUAUGCCACAAAGUUUUCCUUCAAAAGAUGGGGGGAAUGCACAUUUAUCAACCAGCCCUCCCAAAUCAGGUACUUUCUGGUCUGGACUGGCACCCUUGAACAAAAAAGUUCCAACCAUAUGUUCCCCCAAAAAGAAGAAACACAAAAAAUUCAGAAGUGUUAUUUCUGACAUAUUUGAUGGGACUAUCAUAAGUUCAGUACAAUGUCUAACAUGUGACCGGGUGUCAGUGACCCUGGAGACUUUCCAGGACUUGUCAUUGCCUAUUCCAGGCAAGGAAGACCUUGCUAAGCUGCAUUCGGCAAGUCAUCAGACCUCUCUUAUCAAGGCAGGCUCUUGUGGUGAAGCAUAUGCUCCUCAGGGCUGGAUAGCCUUUUUCAUGGAAUACUUUAAAAGGUUUGUUGUCUCAUGUGUCCCUAGCUGGUUUUGGGGUCCAACAGUAACCUUACAAGAUUGUCUUGCUGCCUUUUUUGCUAGAGAUGAACUGAAAGGUGACAAUAUGUACAGUUGUGAAAAGUGUAAAAAGUUAAGAAAUGGAGUAAAAUUCUGCAAAGUUCAACACUUUCCUGAGAUAUUGUGCAUUCAUCUCAAAAGAUUCAGGCAUGACCUUAUGUUUUCCACAAAAAUUGGGACUCAUGUAUCCUUUCCCUUGGAAGGACUUGAUCUUCAACCUUUUCUUGCCAAAGACAGUCCAACUCAAAUAGUGAUGUAUGAUCUCUUAUCAGUAAUCUGUCACCAUGGAACUGCCAUCAAUGGACAUUAUAUAGCUUAUUGUCGGAACAACUUAAAUAAUCGAUGGUAUGAGUUUGAUGAUCAGAGUGUCACAGAAGUCACCGAAUCAACAGUUCAAAAUGCAGAAGCUUAUGUUCUCUUCUACAGAAAAAGCAACGAAGAAGCUAAAAAAGAGAGACAGAAGGUAUCAAGCCUUAAUAUAAUGGAACCAAGUCUCCUCCAGUUUUAUAUUUCCAGACAGUGGUUGAACAAAUUCAGGACUUUUGCAGAACCAGGACCUAUUUCAAAUAAUGAUUUCCUCUGCAUACAUGGAGGAGUUCCUCCACACAAGGCUACUUCUAUAGAGGACCUUGUAGUAGUGCUACCUCAAAAUAUAUGGGACAACCUGUAUAGCAGGUAUGGUGGAGGACCAGCUGUUAAUCAUCUCUAUGUUUGUCAUACCUGUCAAAUGGAAACAGAAAAAAUAGAGAAAAGAAGGAAGACAGAACUGGAAAUGUUUAUUCGGCUCAACAGAGCCUUCCAAGAGGAGGAGUUUCCAUCCAUAUUCUAUUGCAUCAGUAUGCAGUGGUUCAGAGAAUGGGAAGGGUUUGUGAAGGGCAAGGACAACGAUCCUCCAGGGCCCAUUGACAAUGCCAAAAUUGCUGUCAAUAAAUGUGGAUCUGUGGUUCUGAAACAAGGAGCUGAUUCUGGACAGAUUUCUGAAGAAACAUGGAAUUUUCUACAUUCCAUCUAUGGGGGAGGACCAGAAAUCAUCCUGCGACCACCUGUUGCUCAAAUUGAACCUGAAUCGUUACAAACUGAAGAUAAGAUUGAGUUGGAAACACGUGGUCAGUAGCCACCAACCCAAGGAUAAAUUCUAAUGACAUAGCAUCCAGUUAACAACAUACAUUCCUAAGAUUUUUUUUGUCUGUUUUUCUGUUUUAUUUUUGUUUUCCCUGUGAGAUAACAGGAGGUUGGGCAUUAUUGUGUCUGAAAAGCAAAUUGAGACUUGUAAUAUAUAAAUUCUAAAAAUGUUUUAGAACCUAUUAGAGACCUUAGGGUAACUUGUUCUACAUUAACUGUACAUAUGCAAAGUAGAGAUGAAGGAUUUAACUGUUCUUUUCAAUAUCUCUAUGAAUUUCUAGGCUCUUUCAUAUCAGGUCUUGUCAAGACAAGAUUUAAAGUGUCUUUAACACCACAUGGUGGAAAGAUGGGAUAUCAGUUUAGCAAAUAU